AUGUCUUCUCCGAUACCUACGCGUUUUACUUUGGCCCUUAACACCAUGUCUCUUUUGACAAGUACAUGGGGGUUUGUUCGGGCCACAUCUGUAAUCUUACCUCCGAGUUUGAGUAAAGCCGGCCAUAAGCAGUUUCUAACUAUUAUAUCUAUUAUUGCGACAAUUAUUAAUAAUGCAGUUAAUAUUACUAAUUAUUACAUCCAAAGAAACAGUAAAAUGAAUUUAGAAACAAAGAGAAAGUCAGACUUUAUUAGUAGACACAUCGCUUUGCCAGUUUCUUUGGUAUUAGAAUCUAUUGUGGCUACCGUUUAUUGGCCAUUGAGAUUGUUUUUUGUUAGCUUAAUCAUGCAUGGGGUUGAAUCUACUGCAAAGACGCCCUUUCCCAUUACAGUGGAUAUGGCAAUCCACUUAUAUCCCAUUUUAUAUUUGCUAGCGGAUCACUACUUAUCCGGAUCUGGAAUAAAAUUCAGAUUAUCGAAUAAGCAUGCAUGGCUUAUUGUAACCAGCUUAGCAUUUUCGUAUUUUCAGUAUUUAGCAUUCCUGAUAGAUGCGGAGCAAGGUCAAGCCUAUCCAUAUCCAUUUCUAGACGUGAACGAGCCAUAUAAGUCGAUUAUUUUUGUUGCCGUUGCUACUAUCACGUGGGCUUACUAUGUAUUUUAUCAAAGGUUUCCCCCAAAACACGCCAAGAAAUCCACAAAUAAAGGUGAUAAGAAUUAG